GACUUUGUAGUCUGCCAGUUUUGACUGCACUCGGACGUCAGCUGAUCGCCUCUUAAUAUUAGAAAAAGACAGUCGAUACAGUGCAGUGCAGACGGAACGUUAUAUUAUUUCGCACUGCGCGACGAUAAACAAUCAUCGAAAAAGACAUGAUCAAUUUGAGAAAUGUCUCGGAAUAUUACUCGCAGAUAAGCUCCGCUUCUUGGCUCGGCUCGAGUUGAGGUGUGCGAGACGUGAAUUCUCGAACCACGAAGCUCCAUUCUCCUGCGGGUUGUGUAUACGCAUUGUGUUGUACAGCGAUUCGAAUCGAUCGUGCGUGGCGCAGGUUAUGAUUGCUGCUUGGAAUUAUGUGGCAAAUUUUCUGCUAUAAUCUGCCGCCGUUGUUUUUGACAAGUUAACCGAUUAGAAUUAAAAGUGUAACAAUGAGUGAAAAAAUGACUUGGAAAUCUUUAGAAGAUACUUUAGUUGUCCCAAAAGUUGUUGCUGCUGCUAGCGUGACAACUCAAGAAAAAACAAUGAAAAUUCCAGAUCAUAAUGUAGAUGUAACAUCAUUGUUGAAACUAAAUACCAAUGAUGCUCAAGAAUUUUUUUGUGGAGUUGGUUCAGCAUUAAUCAAUGUUACUGUUACUUAUCCUGUAAAUAAAAUUAUCUUUCGCCAGAUUUUAGAAAAUAUAUCAGCUGCUGGUGCUAUUCGCCAGCUAUCAAAAGAAGGACCUAGAUUAUUAUAUAGGGGUAUGUUACCUCCAUUGUGCCAAAAAACAAUUUCCUUAAGUUUGAUGUUCAGUAUAUAUGAGGGCUGCAAAGAAAGAUUAUAUUUUUUGACAAAUGAUAGAGCUACUGCUAGUUUAUGUGCAGCUUUUUUUGCUGGAACAGUUGAGGCAGCUUUCAUGCCUCUUGAAAGAGUUCAAACCCUUCUGCAAGAUUGGCGGUAUCACAACAAAUUCAAAAAUACACCGCAAGCUUUCAGUUUGCUUCUAAGACAAUAUGGAUUAGCAGAAUGUUACAGAGGUUUAGUACCAAUAAUCUUCAGAAACGGUUUAUCAAACAUAUUCUUCUUCUCUCUUAGAAAUCAAGCUAUGCAAUAUAUAGAUAAAGAAAAUUCUAUGUUAGCUAAUUUUAUGACUGGUGCUGUGAUUGGUGGUAUAACAAGUACUGUUUUUUAUCCAAUGAAUGUUAUUAAAAUACACAUGCAAUCAAAAAUAGGUGGUGAUUUUGAAAAAUUCACAAAAUGUUGUAAAGAAGUUUAUAUUAGCCGAGAUAGGAAAUUAGGUAGUUUUUACAAAGGUGUGCAAUUAAAUUUUGUUAGAUCAUUUAUAAGUUGGGGUGUAAUAAAUGCUUCUUACUACGCUUUAAAGCAAUUGUGUUGAAAAAGAAAAUUAUAGCUUACAAAUUCUUAGGUAAUAUUGACUUAUCUAAAAAAAAAUUAUUUUGACUCAAAUACUUUUUAUGUACAGUGUUGUUUGUAAAUUACUAUCCAUUUGUAUAUACGCCAUAAUAGUGGGUGUGAAGCCAUAUUUGAAAAUUAGGUAACCAAUUGAAUGUCAGCAUUGUUAAUAUUUAAAUAUUGAAUGAAUUGAACAAUUUUUUUAUACAACUUUUGUGGUUCUUUCUAUUCUAUUGUACAUAACAUUAUCAAACACCUCAUAGAUUUGUUUUUUGUCACUCUUCCAUGUUAGUGAUUCAGAAAUGUUAGAUGCAAAUUUUAUGAAAAUUAAAGAUUAUUUUAAAUGUUAUGAAUUAAAAUUGACCUAUUAAACUUUUUGUUCCUUUUACAGUCCCAGUUGAAAAUAGAAGUUUAAAGUACGAGCUUAAAUUUCUGCUAGAAUGUUUGUUUAAAAAAAAAGAAUAUUGAUCAUAAAAAAUCGUUUGUGUACUUGACCAUGUGAAAAAGAAUAAACUCGGUUUUGCCGUAAAUUUUUAUGUAACAUUAUGUACUAUGGAUGACUGAUUAAAUAAGUAAAAAUUUGUUUAUAAUAAAUUUAUUUUGUUUACUGUAUAAUAUCUACAAAAAGAAUGCCCGGAAAAAAUGUAAAGUUGGCUCUAAUGAAAAUUAAUAAACUUAUAAAUUUUAAUCAACCAUAAG